AUGACAAUGGCCAAUUCAAGAGUUUCAACGAUGGUGUUGUUGUUGUUAGGGUUCUUAUUAUUCGAUAUGGUUAUGGGACUACCCAAAGAGUUUUCGAGGUCAACUAGAACAGAGACCAACGCCGAUCGUUUUCGUCGCGGUUUACCUCCCAAGGUUCCUAAUAGAAGGUACAAUGCUACUUUAGCAAGGGCCGCUCCUGCAAAACGAUCAGGAGUCACGACCGCAGGUUAUCUUCAAGCUACGCCCGUGGCUGGCACCACAAGGAAACGUGCGGGUGAGGGUACACCAUAUGGUUCAACCUCUUGGGUCUCAUAUGUCGAUGAAAGACUUGUACUGUACUCGUCGUCUUCCUGUGGCGGAAAAGUUCCCCCCGAUGAUGUUAUCCUCCCUAUCGCUAUCGGUCGUGGUAAAAACGAAGUGCACCUCUUCAUUGAAGCUGCUAACAAAACUCAGACUACCGACCCUUCUCAAGCAACUUUCUUCACCAUCCCAAGUACCGGCUCUCAAACCAAUGUGUACGUGGCGGACAGUAGUUCUGUCAGUGGUACAAAACCAUUAUGUCUCGAUGAAUGGUCAGCAGGAUCUGGAGGGAGGAAUAUGAAACUUGGUAAUGAGGGUGGUUCCGUCUCUGCUAUUGUUCAAUCUUGUGAUCCUUCACAAGUCACCAGUACCACAUCCGGUAGUCAGGUUCAAGGUAAUGUGUGGACUGUACCAGAUCCAAACGUAUGGCCAACGUCUGCUGGGUUCACAUGGUACAACCAAGAUGGUACCACUACCAAUGGUGAUUGGUGGGCGGUAUCAACUCAAAGCGCCGACUACCUUCUCGGAGCAGCUCUAGCAGGAUCCGACUUUUUUGGUUUUACGUCAUAUGCCCAAGUAAACGUCGAAUGGGUAGCGUCACUUCCGACAUACGUUUGUGUGGAUGGGUUGGAAUUCGGUUGGAUGAUGGUGAUGGACUAUUACGUUCUUAGUAAUACCAAAAACGACUAUCUACAAAACUCCACCUCUUUAGAAACAUCCAGCGUUCUGCCGACCGACCCUUUACCAGAAGUCAAAGUCAAUCCUGUUAAUUUAGGCGAGAUCAAAGUAGCUCUUGAUGAUGCUGUCAAGAAGCACCUUUCUACCUCUUACACACCCUCACAUCUCUAUCCCAUCAUUCAUCUUACUCUCGGUUAUCUCUCUGUAUUCCUCGCUUUACUAGCUUCAUACCAUGGUUGGCGAACAGAAUUCGAAGCUUCCAAACCUCUACUUUGGGCUUGCGUAGGAUCUUAUUUUUCUCUUCAAUUGACCAUGUGGGGAUUCAAACGAUAUGUUGAAAAAGGUGUUAUUUUCAAUGGUCAAUAUCAUGAUCAAAGUAAAUUGGAAAGUAUACGAGUCAUUUCUGGUACAUCUCUAGAUCCCCCAUCACCACCUACCGUCUCCUCGUCAUCUACACACCUACCGAAAUCCGUUCCUGCUAUUGGAGAUGGGCCGAGUUAUGUGUUGCAUUUGGAACUGAAGAGUGGGAUGAAGAAUAUUGUGGUCGACGGCGGGAAGUAUGUUGGAGGGUUGGUCGACACGGAGGGGGGAGUGGAGGAAGGUGAAUUGGGAAGAUGGGUGGAUGAAUUGAUCACGGUUGGGAAGAUGGAAAGGAAGAGGGAAUAG